GGCGAGCGACUGAUCCUGAGCGUGCCGGCGACGAGCGCGAACAUGGGACCGGGAUUCGAUUGCUUUGGAUUCGCGGUGGACGUGCGAAACGAAUUGAUCGUCGAGCGAGGGACGUUCGCGAUCGAGAUCGAGGGCGAGGGAAGGGAGGAAUUGCCGAGGGAUGAGACGAACGCGAUUUACGACGCGGUGCGGGCGGGGUUCGAGGCGGCGCGACCGGGGAUGAAAUUGCCGAAGGAUUUGCGAUUCACGAGCGUGAAUCGAAUCCCGCCGGCGAGAGGGCUCGGGAGUAGCAGCGCGGCGCUCGUGAGCGGGCUCGCGUGCGGGCUCGCGCUGGGGGGGAUGGAUGUGGAUGCACCGCGCACGAAGCAAAUUUUGUUAAAUUUGGCGAGCGACAUCGAGGGGCAUCCGGACAACGUCGCGCCGGCCAUCUACGGCGGAUUCCAAAUCAGCAUCAACGACGAUAAUCAAUGGAUCACGCAACGCGUGUCGUGCCCGAAGGAUGUGCAAACGGUGCUUUUUAUUCCCAAGUUUCAAUCGCUCACGGCGGAGACGCGCGCGCAACUGUCGCCGACGCUUCCCAUCGCGGACGCGGUGCACAACAUCGCGCGCGCGGGUUUACUCGUGAACGCGUUCGCGACGGGCAACCUCGAGUUGUUGCGAUACGCCACGCAAGACGUGAUUCACCAGCCCAUUCGCGGGAAGCCAUUCGGUUUGGACGGCUUGAUCGACGCGGCGCUCAAGGCGGGCGCGCAGGGUUGCUUCAUGAGCGGCGCGGGUCCGACGGUGUUAGCCGUC